AUGCACGGCAACACAAUAAGCAGGGAAGCAGAUCUCCCAUGCAAGCCUUGGCGUUCCCUCCCUCCUGAGCCUGCAGAACAGAGUGGGCUCAGCACUGAAGAUUAUGAUAACUGCAGUGCAGAAAGUAACUAUGACAGUAUCUCGCUACCUUGUGAAAGGAAGACACCAGCUAAACCAUUGGAUCCUGAUAUAAAGGCUAUUACCGAUCCAUCCAUCUUUUCUCCAGUCCAAUGGAAAAAAUACUGGAAAAGAAACCGAAUUUGUGUACUCUUGAUCCUCACUGGUAUCUGUCUCCUCCUUAGUGUCAUCCUCCUCCUCUCAAAUACUUCAGUACUUUCAGAACUCAGGUCGCAAAAUUGGAGCUCCGCAAAAGACGGCUAUGAUGCUUCCCUAGCACCAUUCAAUUUCACAGAAUUGGAGACCAGUGUUAUAACCAAACUCAAAAGCUUAGAACAACAAUUUGAUGAGAAGAGAAAAAUCAGCCUGCAGAAAAUAGAAGAACAACUACUCAGAAUAGAAAGAGAAUUAGGUAGACUACAAAAUUGCAAAGAUACUUCAUGGCGGAGGUUUGAGACAAAUGUUUACUACUUUUCUGACACAGAAGAAAAUUGGGAGAUGGCAAGGAAAACAUGUGCUGAUCAUGAUUCUCACCUUGUCAUUAUUAAUAGCAAGCAAGAGCAGGAUUUUGUGAUUCAGACUUUAAAACAUUCCAUCUGGCUUGGCUUAAGUGAUACAGAGAAAGAAGGAACUUGGCAUUGGGUUGAUGGAUCACCACUGAAAGAACGGAGCUGGAAAGAAGGUGAACCCAAUAAUGGUGGGAACAAUGAAGAUUGCGCUGUCCUGUAUAAAGAGGGAAAAUGGAAUGACAUUCACUGUGAUAAACAAGUUAAGUUUGUGUGUGAGAAGGAAGAGAUCUCUGAGUAA